CUAAACCCUAAGGUGCCUUCAGAAACGCACUUUGGUGACGUAGAGAAAGCCUAGACUCUGUGUGUGCGCGCACUAGGGCCUAUUUGUGCACAUUGAAAGGAUUGGGACACAAGCGGCGUGCUUGCUGUGUAUCUCGGCGUUCGGUUUCCAGCACAGCGCCCGCCGCCUCAGGUAGGGCUCGUAUGUGGGAAGAUGGCGACGGAUAAACAUAAACAUGAAGGAAGAGUAAAAAUCGGACAUUACAUUCUCGGAGACACGUUAGGAGUGGGAACGUUUGGAAAAGUUAAAGUCGGCCAGCAUGAACUGACCAAGCACCAAGUAGCUGUGAAGAUCCUGAACCGGCAGAAGAUCCGCAGUCUGGAUGUAGUGGGCAAGAUUCGCCGUGAGAUCCAGAACCUCAAGCUCUUCAGACACCCACACAUAAUUAAACUAUACCAGGUGAUUUGCACACCGACCGACAUAUUUAUGGUCAUGGAAUAUGUGUCUGGGGGAGAGCUGUUUGACUACAUUUGUAAAAAUGGAAAGCUCGAUGAGAAGGAAAGUCGACGUCUGUUCCAGCAGAUCAUUUCAGCAGUGGACUACUGCCACAGACACAUGGUGGUACACCGAGACCUCAAGCCAGAGAAUGUCCUCUUAGAUGCGCACAUGAAUGCUAAAAUCGCUGACUUCGGAUUAUCAAAUAUGAUGUCGGAUGGGGAAUUCUUGCGGACCAGUUGCGGCUCCCCUAAUUAUGCAGCUCCUGAAGUCAUCUCAGGGAGGCUGUAUGCGGGACCCGAGGUAGAUAUCUGGAGCAGUGGAGUGAUCCUGUAUGCUCUGCUGUGCGGGACGCUUCCCUUCGAUGACGACCACGUCCCAACGCUAUUCAAGAAGAUCUGUGAUGGCAUCUUCUUCACCCCACAGUACUUGAAUCCUUCAGUUAUCAGCCUUCUCAAACACAUGCUGCAGGUGGACCCCAUGAAGAGAGCCACUAUUAAAGAAAUCCGGGAGGAUGAGUGGUUUAAACAGGACCUGCCAAAGUAUCUGUUUCCAGAGGAUGCUUCUUACAGUAACACCAUGAUUGAUGAGGAAGCACUCAAGGAGGUGUGUGAGAAGUUUGAGUGCACAGAGGAGGAGGUGCUCAACUGCCUUUACAGUCGGAAAAACCAGGACCCACUUGCAGUUGCAUACCAUCUGAUCAUAGAUAACCGACGCAUUAUGAGUGAAGCCAAAGACUUCUACCUGGCCACAAGUCCCCCUGACUCCUUCCUUGAUGAUCUGCCUGCUCACCACUUUGCCAAGCCUCACCCAGAGCGAGUGCCCUUCAUGGUGGCUGAAGCUCAACCACCGCGACCCCGUCACACUCUGGAUGAACUCAACCCUCAAAAGUCCAAGCACCUGGGUGUUCGCCGUGCUAAGUGGCACUUAGGCAUACGUAGCCAGAGCAGGCCUAAUGAUAUCAUGAGCGAAGUCUGUCGGGCCAUGAAGCAGCUUGACUACGAGUGGAAGGUUGUUAAUCCCUAUUAUCUACGUGUGCGGAGGAAGAACCCAGUUACAGGCCUGCAAACCAAGAUGAGCCUGCAGCUUUACCAAGUGGACAGCAGGACUUAUCUACUGGACUUCAGGAGCAUAGAUGAUGAUAUUUUGGAGACAAAGUCAGGUACUGCCACACCGCAUCGCUCUGGCUCGGUUGGCAACUACCGAACUACACUAAAGAACGAUAAGAGUGAGAAGAACGGAUCAGAGGAUGUGAAGGGCGAAGGCUCAGCCCCCUCCACACCCCCAGUAGGUGGGGCUAAGCAGGCAGAGGGCUCCCUUGCUUCUUCACUGACCUCCUCAGUUGACUCAGCAGGAGGAGAGACAUACCCGCGGCCCGGCAGUCACACCAUCGAAUUCUUUGAGAUGUGUGCUAACCUCAUCAAGCUGCUAGCUCGAUAACUUGCCAUUGUUUCGACGUCUUUUUCUCCUUUGUCUUUCUGCUCCUCGCUUCUUGGACUUCCUACCUCUUUCUUUCCAUCACCAGGGAUUCUUAUUCUCUCUCUCUCUCUCUCUCUCUCUCUCUCUCUCUUGCUUGUUCUUUCUAUCUAAGUGUCUUUAGAGCAAUAAGCAUGCAAGCAGAUGUCUCACAGCUCCAUGAAUCCCACAUGCACAACCAAGCCGAUUGGUCUGUGGUACUGCUACAAUCUGUUUUAGAAAGUGAAAGAGGAGCUUGAGGCUCUGGAGAAAGGGAAAGCAUGGUUUUCAUGCCAUAGGCAAGAAGCCCAAAAGAUUGUCUAGCCACUUUAUAAUAACUAUAGAAUAUUCUUUUAGAGCUGGUUUUUCAAUUGUUUAUCGAUGGGCUUGUUGGCCCGUGGUUGGAAAUGUCUGCACGUCGAUCUGUUAUACACUGAGCUAGUCGUACUGUAUAUAAUGGCACCGCAAAGAGAGAGUGAAUGAGGCAGAAUGCACUUUUGCACAGGUUUUUCUUCACAUGCUUCUGCUGGCCAAUGUUAUAAAAGAAGCAAGUAAUUCCAGGAAGGGGCCAUCUUGAUGAAUGAACACAAAAGACAAGGUCCAACUUUGAUCAAGUAGGUAGUGGGUUAUGUAGAGGGGUUUAUUAAGGAGUGGGCCAAUUUGAACUUGUUCAUUCUGAGGAAGUGCAGUGACUUUUCCUCUAACCAUUUUCAUAGAUAAAAUUUUUCUUUUUUGAUGUAAACUUAAUUGAUUUUUUUAGACUUAAGUUCUGAUUUUAUUUCACGACAUAGUAGACUUCUUUGCAUUGCUCACAUUUUACACGUAUAGAUAGAAGUAUAUACAAAAUAAAAUGGCAUUUUGAAAUAUAUUUAUCAGUGCUUUUACGGGAUGGUAUUUUAUAUUGAAAUAAUGGACUGAAAAUUCCUUUGGUGAUUGUUUAUUAUAUUGUUUUGUGAUGUUUUAUUUCAUACACUGCUUCAUCCAUAUAGAUUUUUUUACAAAAAAACAAAAAAACCAAUAACAGCUUGAAAAAUAAUUGCAUAUAAAAUUGAUUGAAUUCACCAUACAUUAUUAUACUUUAAAUAAAGGACACCCAGAAACCCAGAAUAUGUAUUAAAAAGGAAAUUGAUGGUAAAGUGUGCUAGCAAUAGAAUGGAUUUCUGACCUGGCUUUAAAUUGGUUUGUUAAGUAUUAGUACAGAACUGAAGAUCACAUGAGCCAUUUCGGUCAUAUCCAACAAGAAACGAGACUGGGAAAGUCUAGAAAUGAUAGACUGGUGUGCUUACACCCCAGACUCAGUUGCUGGUGGGAGGUUCAUGUUCACCCUAGUACUUGUACAACGCCAGAACAAAAGUAUCUCUGCAAAAUAUAUUUCAUUACUGUUUUAACCAUAACUGAAUAAUGUAAACAGCUAUGGUCCAUAUUUAAUUGUAUGUAACAGUGCAGAUAUAGAGUUUGGUGUUUAAAAAUUGGAGAAAGCACAUACCGUGUGUCUGUUCUUGCUGAAGUGACUUAAUGAUGAGUAAAUAAAAUAUAUAUUUACAAAUUGUA